AUGGGUCAGGUGUUCUCAGAACUACAGUACUUGAUCUUCGACCAAUUGAGGGACAGUACUUCAUCUCUCUGGAGUCUUGCCUCCACGUGCAAGUACCUUUGGUGGUCUCUGAUUGGCAGUGGGAAGCUGGCUGGGCUGUCAUUGGAUGAGUACCAAACGUACCUUUGCCUCAUCGAGAGGGAUCUCGGCGAUACACACUACCUCUGUCCUAGGUGCUUCACACUCCGGCGCUUUGACAAGUCAUGGACACCAACGCUCCUCAACGCCUUUUCCGAUUGCUGCGGCUGGCAGCUGGCGGCUUCUUAUCCUGGAGGAUAUCGGCUCAGCUAUCAGUACGUGCGCCUCGUGAUGAACCGCCACAUUCUCGGCGGCACAAAGGGGCUGUCUCUCGAAAACCUCGAGCAGACCAUGCACUCCAGGACAGCUGAGGCCGGACGGGACGGUCUGCCAGGCCCCCAUGGGAUCUGGCACCAGCAAUGGUCCGCAAGAAUCAUAGAUGAUGAGCUGUUCUUACAUGCGCGCCACACGGUCUAUGCUCGCGACCACCAGGAGAUGCGCCUUGUGCUCAGCCGGCAUAAAUAUCGCGUCUGCUUCCAUGUGGGAAUGGAACCACGGGACUGGUGGACAGGGCUAACCAGGCCGCCGCCCCCUAUGCGGUUCACAUUCCUCAUAGGAGAGUGCCAUGACCUGGAUUUCUCUUGCGACGUGUGUCUCACAGAUUAUACCGUGACGGUUGAAUUGGUCAAGGCGGACGACAACGACGAUGGACGACGCCAGGGGUGGUACAUUACCAUGAAUGGGUACCACCGGCUAGGCAACGGUAGAUCACCACACGACUGGAAAUGGAAGACGUUCAGCGGCAAUUUUCUUCUUCCAAGAAGAUACCUGACACCCUACCCAGACGGUGCCAUCCGAAACGCAUGGGAGGCUCGUGAUAAUGACAAAGUUGGCGAAUCCAUCAGUGACACUUUCUCAGAGGACGAGUGGGAGGAUAUUUCAGACUCAGACGCGUCUGCCGCUUGA